AUGGAGGAUAGUAUUGCAGAGUCCGUUCUUUUGGACAAUUUCAAAUCCUUUGGUGCAGGUGGCUUUGGUGGAAUAUGUGCGGUGAUAACUGGCCAGCCAUUCGACUAUACCAAGGUGCUUUUACAGACAAAUCAGUAUAAGUCUUCUCUCGACUGUAUCAAAGGCACCUUAGCCUCUGGUGGGCCUUUGGGUUUCUACAAAGGAGUUUCAUCUCCUUUGCUGGGGGUCACCCCAAUGUUUGCUGUGUCUUUCUGGGGCUAUGAUGUGGGCAAGAAACUUGUGUGCACAUUUUACAAUAUCGAUCCAGUAAAAUCGCCCCUCACCAUUCCUCAGAUAAGCGCAGCAGGAUUUUUCAGUGCUAUACCUACUACAUUAAUUGCGGCCCCUUUUGAGCGUGUGAAAGUGGUGAUGCAGACCUCCCAAGGCAAGGUGUCCUUCAUGCAAACGGUCUCCAAGCUUUACAAGCAAGGUGGGCUAAAAUCAAUUUUCAAAGGGUCUGCAGCUACCUUGGCCAGGGACGGGCCUGGAUCUGCCGUCUACUUUGCUACCUAUGAAUACUUCAAGAAGGAGCUCUCCCCAAGCUCUGGUGAUACAUCUAUCGCAGCUAUCAUGACCGCAGGAGGUUUCGCUGGUGUUGCAAUGUGGACAGCUAUCUUCCCUAUUGACACUAUAAAGAGCGUCCAACAGUCUUCAGAAAGUAACCGGUCAGUUUUCAAGACAGCAUCUUCUAUUUAUUCAAAGGGUGGCAUCAGGGCUUUCUUCCCUGGUUUGGGUCCUGCCCUCGCUAGAAGCUUCCCAGCGAACGCAGCUACAUUUUUGGGAGUCGAAAUAGCUAGGAAAUUUCUCGAUCAAAUUAUGUAA